AUGUUCCCCCCCAGCUCGGGCUGGGGGUUCGGCUGCCUCCGGCUCAGCCAGCUCCGAGUUGGGGCCGGCGGAGCUGCCCGGCCCUGGGCGUGUCGGGCUGGCCCGGCCCGGCGGUACCGCUCUGGUGGAGGCGAGCGCCAGCCCCGGUCCGAGCCCGCGGUCUCUCCGCCAGGCCUCGCGCACCAGACUCUGAAGGAGUGGGCGCUGCUGGUGAGCCCCUUCGGUCGGCUGCGGGCGCGGCUUCCGUGUCAUUUGGCCGUAAGGCCCCUGGACCCCCUCACCUACCCAGACGGCGACCGCGUGCUGGUCGCUGUGAGAGCAGCGGAGGGCGGGGCACGGGACCUGGCGGGCCUGCAGGUGAAGUACGACGAGGCGCUGAAGGAGGUAGCCAUCGUGUCCGACACCAUCGACCCCCAGGCAUCCGUGGAGGUGAACGCGCCCCUGAAGUUUGAUUUGAAUAUCAAGUCAUCAGGUUCUGGCUGUGUAAAAAUCCAAAAUAUUGAGUGUGAUAAUUGCAAAAUUGAAACGGAGCAGGGGACUGGCAUCUUACAGUCUGUUAAGAGUCAAAAAUUAUGUGUUCAAACAAAAGGAGGCAAAGUGAUCUGUCUGGGAACAGUUUAUGGAAAUAUAGAUAUUCAUGCAUCAGAUAAAAGUACUGUGACCAUAGAUAAACUGCAAGGAAGUACUGUUAAUAUAACUGCUGAACAUGGUUUGCUGGAAGCCAAGUAUCUUUAUACAGAAUCGUCAUUUCUAUCUUCUGCUGCUGGAGAUAUUACAUUAGGAAGUGUUCAUGGUAAAAUAACAUUACAAAGCAAGAUGGGUAAUAUCACAGUAGAUUCAUCCUCUGGAUGUCUAAAGGCCUCAACUCAUCGGGGUGCAAUAGAUGUUUAUGUCAGCCAACUAGGGAAAGUGGAGUUGAAAUCCCAUGAAGGCUCUAUUCUUGUCAAGGUUGCAUCUUCUCUUCAGGCUCAUUUACAGCUAUCAGGGAAAGAGGUUGAUGUGAACUCAGAAGUCCAUGUUCAAGAAAUGACUGAAGUUCACAAAGAUGAUGGCAUAAUAAUUACUGGGCUCAUGAAUCAAGCAAGCAAACAUGAAAAAUGGAUUAAGGCUGAUGCCCCAGAAGGCACUGUAAAAUUUAGAAGUCAAAGCUGGUUUCAGUCCCUGAAACUGCAGGAAUAAGAAUGGUUUGAGUUGUAUUUAUAAUUUUUAACAAUGAUUAGCAGAUCUGUGACUACAAAAAUGCAAAUACCACAGUUCAUAUAAAUGUUGAAAACAAAUUGGAAUGAAUACUGGUGAAUUGUCUUGUGGGGGCCUUUUGAAAAUUUGUACUUAGCUAUUCAUUUUCUAUUGCCCUGUAAUGAAAUUACCACAAACUUGCCGACUUAAAAUCACACUUAUUUUUAGCU